AUGGAGGCUGUUGACGACAAUGAUCCCCCCCUGGAUGCCUCCGAAGCGACGUUGUCACGAAGGACAACUCCCACUGAGCACCGGAAACAUCUGGCUCGGAUCGAUCAUUCAGAAAUGUUGGACCAACAUGGUGCAUUUCUCAAAGUAGACUGUCUUUCAGAGACAUCGGAUUCCAUCAGCGUGGAUGGUCACUCUGCUCAAGCAGAUGAGAAAAACAGGAGUUUUGCCAGUCAGAGAAGAGGGAAUGAACACAAGGUGCUGUCUGACCCUUCAAAGAUCAUUCAAAUUCCUUCAUCGUGA